CUGGAAAUCGAAUUCUCAUUACAGAGACCAUAUAGCUCAUAGGCUGUUUGAAACAUUCUAGAGCUUGAAAAAGCACACAAAAAUCUAUUCUUGGCGCCCAUAAAAACAUCCUUUCAGACAUAACAAUUGUCGGUAAUAAAUCAUUGAAGAAUAACAAAUUAAGGAAUCUCAGAAGAUUCAUUAAAGUCUCUGAAAAUGUUUGCAUUAUUUGUCUUUUUUUGCGGUAUUAUGAUGCCGAUUUCUACGUAUGCAGACACCAUUAUCACUCCCGAUCAGGCCCUGGUGGAUGGGGAAACGGUGGUUUCCCCCGCCGGAGUUUUCGAGCUAGGGUUUUUCAGCCCCGGAAGUACGCCGGAGAAUCGCUACUUGGGAAUAUGGUACAAGAAAAUAUCGCACGGGACGGUGGUGUGGGUGGCCAACAGAGAUUCUCCGGUGAAAGGCAACUCCGGCAGGCUAAUCCUUAACCCUAACGGAACUUUAAUUUUGAUCGACGGCAAUAAUCGCACGGUUUGGUCGGCGAAUUCAUCGAGAGCCUUGAAAAACGCGGCGACGCGUCUCUCCGACCGCGGAAACCUUGUAGUCUUCGACGUCGCCGGCACCGGCGAUGACCGGAGUUUUGGGUGGCAGAGCUUUGAUUAUCCUUCCGACACGUUGUUGCAGGGAAUGAAGCUGGGGAAGAAUUUAGUUACCGGGAAGGAGUGGUUCAUCUCGUCGUGGAAGAGCGCGGAGGAUCCGUCCACCGGCGAGUACGUGAACCGUCUAAACUCCGACGGGUACACGCAGGCGUUUGUGAUGAAAGGUUCGGAAAUAGAGUUCAGUACCGGGCCCUGGAACGGCCGGUCCUUCACCUCCAGCGUGGCUUCCCGUCCAAACACGUAUUACACCUACAAAUUAGUCUCCACCUCCGACGAAAUCUACUUCUCCUACGACCUCAUCAAAAACAUGUCCGUCCUCACCAGGCUGGUCAUCAUGCCAAACGGACAAGUCCAGCAUCUCACCUGGAUCGAAAGAACACAAAACUGGAUAGUGUACUUGAACGUGCAGGUCGAUAAUUGCGACCGGUACGGCCUGUGCGGGCCGUACGCCACCUGCAACAUCGACAACUCGCCCCCCUGCGGCUGCCUCGAAGGCUUCCGCCCCAAGUUCACCAAGCAAUGGAACGAGGCCGACUGGUCCGGCGGCUGCGUCAGGAACAAUCCGGUGGGUUGUGGGAAGGAAGAUGGGUUUAGGACACUUUCCGGCAUUAAAAUGCCGGAUUCUAGGAAGACAUGGUACAGCACCACUGUGAAUCUUAAGGAAUGCGAAAAGAUGUGUCUGCAGAACUGUUCUUGCACUGCUUACACGGUUCUUGAUGUCAGGGAUGGGAGUGGCUGCUUGAUGUAUAUUGAUGAACUCAUUGAUAUGAGAGAGCUUUCCCAGAACGAUCAGCCAUUAUAUGUCAGAAUGGCUGCAUCAGACAUAGCUGCAGAUAAGAGGCAAAAGAAACAAAGAGUUAUGGCAAUUUCAAUUGCAUUAUCUGCAGUUAUAGGGUUUCUUCUCCUCUGCUUUUUGGUGUGGUGUGGACUCCAUAGAAGGAGGAGCAAAAGAGAUUUGUAUGAUGAUGAAGAGAUGGAGUGUCCAAUGUUUGAUUUAGCUACAGUUUCAGCUGCCACCCAUAACUUCUCUAACAACAAUAUGGUCGGAGAGGGCGGAUUUGGAGCUGUUUAUAAGGGUAAGUUGGCAGAAGGAAAAGAGAUAGCAGUGAAGAGGCUGUCAAGGCAAUCUUUACAGGGAAAACAAGAACUUCAGAACGAAAUGGCUCUCAUCUCCAAGCUUCAACACAGAAACCUUGUAAAACUUCUAGGUUGUUGCCUUGAAGGAGAAGAGAAGAUGCUGAUCUAUGAGUUCAUGCCAAACAAUUCCUUGGACCAUUUCAUUUUUGAUCCAGAGCGAAGAGGAGUUCUUACAUGGCAGCGCCGGUUUGAUAUUGCAAUGGGAAUAUCGCGUGGACUGCUUUACCUUCAUCAGGACUCGAGGUUGAGAAUUGUUCAUAGAGAUCUUAAAGCUAGUAAUAUUUUACUAGACAACAACUUCCGUCCAAAGAUUUCUGAUUUUGGUCUUGCCAAAAUCAUGGACCUAAACCAAACAGAGGGUAAAACGAGACUAGUUAUAGGAACAUACGGUUACAUGUCUCCAGAGUAUGCAGUUGACGGGAAAUUCUCAGUCAAGUCAGAUGUGUUUAGUCUAGGUGUGUUGAUACUGGAACUAGUGAGCGGCAAAAAGAAUCAAACAUUUCGUCACUCAGAUCAUCUGCAUAAUCUCUUGGGACAUGCAUGGAUAUUGUGGAACAAAGGCAGGGCAGUGGAGCUGAUAGAUGAAUACCUGGAAAAGUCAUCAUAUGUAGAAUUUGAGGUGGUGAGAUGCAUUCAGGUAGGGCUGUUGUGUGUUCAAAAAGCCCCCGAUGACCGGCCGACGGUGGCAUCAGUGGUUUCGAUGAUGGGGAACAAGGAUGUGCGGCUGCCGCAGCCUAAACAGCCUGGUUUCUUCGUGGAGAGGAGCUCAAACUCGACUGGUUCAACAUUGGUCUCUGAAAAUGAACUGUCAUUAACCAUUAUGGAAGCUAGAUAGCUCAGAUUUCCAGCUGCUCUGUAACAACUAACAAAACUGAAUUGGCAUUUGUAAAUAUAGAUAUCAUAGAUUCAAUAAUGUAAUUGUCUCUGAGAAUAAGUAGGAGAUAUAAAAAUAUGGAAUUCACAUUCA